AGGUUACAUACACUUACCGACACACCUCACAUUUUCAUACUUGCUUCCACGCAUUUGCUCUCAUUCGGUCGCUCUCCUUUGACGUUUUUGUGGAACUAUUAUUACUGUUAUUAUUAUUAUCAGUAGUAUUCUUAUUUAACUCCUCAGCGAAAGGAAGAAGAAAGAAAGAAAGGGAAAAGCAACAAAACAAAAAUCUACCGAACAGCGCAACAGAGGGGACUUGCAUUUUACGCUCCGUGCUUGUACUCCACCAUCUUUGCUUUAUACACAUUUAUACACGUCAAGAAGACGAAAAACAUACUGUGUGCUUCUUAAAAUCACUUCCCCUCGUCCAUUAUUACUACUAUUAAUAUUAUUACUUCUCCUAUUUCGAAAAUUAUCCGUUUUACUACGCGACUGAUGUCCCGCGCGUACGACCUCGUGGUGAUCGGUGCUGGAUCGGGUGGUCUGGAGGCGGGGUGGAACGCAGCCGCGCUCCACAAGAAGAAGGUGGCCGUCAUCGACGUGCAGAAGACCCACGGCCCGCCGUACUUCGCCGCCCUCGGUGGCACGUGCGUGAACGUCGGCUGCGUGCCGAAGAAGCUGAUGGUGACCGGGGCGGGCUACAUGGACACCAUUCGCGAGUCCGCCGGCUUCGGCUGGGAGCUGGACCGCGACUCGGUCAAGCCAAACUGGCACACCCUCAUCGCCGCGAAGAACAAGGCGGUGCUGGAUAUUAACCACAGCUACGAGGGCAUGUUCGCUGACACGGAGGGCCUCAGCUUCCACCAGGGCUUCGGCGCCAUCGCAGACAGGAACACCGUCGUCGUGCGCCAGUCCGAGGACCCACAGAGUGCGGUGCUGGAGACGCUGGACACGGACUACAUCCUCAUUGCGACCGGCUCCUGGCCGCAGCGGCUCGGCGUCCCGGGCGAUGAACUCUGCAUCACCAGCAACGAGGCGUUCUACCUGGAGGAGGCGCCGAAGAACCCGCUCUGCGUCGGCGGCGGCUACAUUUCCGUCGAGUUUGCCGGCAUCUUCAACGCCUACAAGCCCCGCGGUGGGCAGGUGAACCUUGUCUACCGCAAGGAGGUCAUUCUGCGCGGGUUUGACCUGGAGGUGCGCAAGCAGCUGACGGAGCAGCUACGCGCGAAUGGGAUUCAAAUCCGCACCGGCGACAACCCGGCGAAGAUAACGAAGAACGCGGACGGCACGAAGCACGUCGUCUUCGAGAGCGGCGUGGAGGCGGACUACGACCAGGUGAUGCUCGCCAUCGGCCGUGUGCCGCGAUCGCACACGCUGCAGCUCGAUAAGGUCGGCGUGGAGGUCGCGAAGGGCGGCGCUGUGAAGGUGGACAAGUACUCCAAGACAAACAUCGACAACAUUUACGCGAUUGGCGACGUGACGAAUCGGCUGAUGCUGACCCCGGUUGCGAUCAACGAGGGGGGGGCGUUUGUGGAGACCGUCUUUGGUCACAACCCGACCGCGACGGACCACGCGAAGGUGGCGUGCGCCGUGUUUUCUAUUCCCCCCAUCGGCACCUGCGGGUACAUCGAGGAAGACGCCGCGAAGAAGUACGACCAGGUCGCCGUGUACGAGAGCAGCUUCACACCCCUGCUGCACAACGUCAGCGGGAGCACCUACAAGAAGUUUAUGAUCCGCAUCGUCACGAACCACGCCGAUGGGGAGGUGCUGGGCGUGCACAUGCUCGGCGACAGCGCGCCGGAGAUCAUCCAGAGCGUGGGGAUUUGCAUGAAGAUGGGCGCGAAGAUCAGCGACUUCUACAGCACGAUCGGCGUGCACCCCACCAGUGCGGAGGAGCUGUGCUCCAUGCGCACCCCCGCGUACUUCUACGAGAAGGGCCACCGCGUGGAGAAGAUCGGCAGCAACCUGUGAAGAGAGGAAACGGGGAGGGGGGGGAAAGCAAACCAACCAAACCAAAAACAGACAUGUUAAACAAAACACAGAGCAGCGGAGCGAACUCUGCCGUUACUGCGGCGGAUGGAGGAGGAAGGAAGAUUAAAAAAAUGAAUGGCGCAGUGUUGCGUGGUACUUGCGAUGGGAGCCGAAGCCGAAGACGUCUUGGAUGUACGCAUCGCGCCCCGUGAAAAUGAAUGAGCGAGAAAGAGGCGUAGCUGCGGUGCGCAGUCAAUCACAAGAGGGGUAAGUUGAGGCGCCGGUCAGCGUGUUUGUCGCCGCUGCUUUGCUGUGAGCUCCGUCGCUCAUUGACUCCGCCGCCCUUUUUUUUCUCUCCUCCUUUUUUUCCUUUUUUUUCCCUUUUUUUUAAAUUAUUCUGAUUCUUCGUCAGUGCCGGUGUGCGGUGUUUCGGUUUGUUUGUUUCUCGUACAUGUACGACCUUAUUCAUGACCGUGCGGGUGCGUGACGCGCUCUCUUUCCACUUUGGGGCCCGCCGGCUUACAUUUCUUUGUUGUUUUUUUCGAGGGGAGAUAUGAAGAACGCAAAAGCGACCCUUCGUGUGUUCUUCUUCGCCACUACACAUAUAAAUAUGUUGUGUGAGAAGACAAACCUUUUUAAAAAGCUGUCGUCUUCGCGAUCGGGAGGCAAAAAUAAU